AUGGCAUAUCCUGAUCGGGUUCUUAGGUGUAGACAUGUGUCUAUUGUAGAGCCUCCACAAAUCAUAGGCCUUUUAAGAGAAGCCGGGUUCUAUCAUGCGGCUCAAAUUCUUAAUUUCCGAAUUGAUGCCGCUCUUGUGAGUGCAUUAGUGGAGAGAUGGCAGACUGAAACACACACAUUCCACCUUACAUGCGGUGAGACAACAAUCACGUUGGAAGUUGUGGCACUAUUACUUGGCUUACCCAUUAACGACCACGAAGUAAUUGGGCAGACUUCCGGCUUAGGAAGUGUUGUCUGUGCAGAGUUGCUCGGAGUGGUCCCACCGGCGGAGCAAAGGAAAGGUCAGAGUAUAACUCUAACGUGGCUUGAGGAAACAUUUGGCAUGCUGUCAUACGAUGCAGGUCAACGACAGAUAGAAUGUUAUGCACAUGCCUAUUUCCUAAGGCUUAUCGGUUGUGUCCUCAUGCCAGAUAUGUCUCAGAACAGGGUUCAUCUGAAGUGGUUACCACUUUUGAGGGAUUUUACAGAAGUAGGAAGAUACAGUUGGGGUUCAGCAUGUCUAGCAACCCUGUACAGGCGGACACAUAUUGAAGUGGAUGAUGAUGGCCAUAGCAACAAGCACAAUUUCAAGAUAUAUAGGCAACUACUAGAUCGGUUGGAGAUGCAACAGUUUAUAUGGCGGCCUUAUGAUUCGAACGAGAUAAUCGCACAAGUGCCACAAGACAUUUUCGCAGAUAGACCUUUAUGGACUGCGUUUACAUCAUUGAUUUGCUUCGAAGUUGUUGAAUGA